CAUGGCGGCGGCCAACUUUAACUUUGUUCCGAGGUCUGUGAGUCAUAAACCGUCAAAAACAAAGCGUAUAUCAAGGCCUAAAGCUCCAUGUUUUCCAAAUAUUUCCUAUAUCAGUCAGGAUUCAAGCUCAACUCCUUGUAAUAGCAGCAGCUUACGACCUAAGGGAGAAAUAAUGACUGGAAGCGAUCCCUCUUUCAAAGAUUCGAACGAAGAAGUUGAGGAAACCGAAACGGGCGACGAUGAUGUUGUUUACUAUAGUAAAAAUCAAAGAUGGCCCGAAGUGGAUGAACCGGCUUGCGUUGUUUGCGGUAGAUAUGGCGAAUUUAUCUGUGAUUUGACCGAGGCAGAUGUUUGCAGCAAGGAAUGUAAGGCGAAAAAUCUCGUGGAAUUGCGACAUAAUGGGGGAAAUUUAGUACAUACUCAAAAUGAAGAUUUGCCAUCAAAGAAUUUUCAAAUGAAAACACUCGGCCAUAAUGAUUUACAAAAUAUUCAACAAAGAACAAGCUAUAGGUACAAUGUACAUCCUCAUAUAGCAUCACUUACAGAAAGGCAGGUUGACGACUUACAAGCUCGUCUGAACAUUACCAUAAGGGGUGAUGGGAUUGCGUGGCCAAUACUAGAAUUCAAUCAUUGUGGCGUGAAUGAGCAGAUUUUGAGCAAUUUGAAAAGAUGUGGAUACAUAAAUCCCACUCCAGUUCAAAUGCAGGUCAUUCCGGUUGCUAUGACAGGUCGGGAUCUGCUUGCAUGCGCUCAAACAGGAUCUGGAAAGACAGCCGCAUUUCUUUUGCCAUUGAUUGCGAGAGUUUCACAUGAUAUUGGAACAUCUGAUGGUCAUGAUAAGAACUCGCCCCAAGCCCUCAUACUUGCUCCAACCAGAGAACUUUGCAUGCAGAUAGAAAACCAAGCAAAGGAACUGAUGUCAGGAUUACCUCACAUGAAGACAGCCUUGAUAGUGGGAGGGAUGCCGAUGCCCAAUCAGAUUUAUCGUUUGAAGCAAAGCAUUCAGCUUGUGUUUGCAACUCCCGGUCGGUUGCUCCAAAUCUUGGACAAGUGUGAUGUUGAUUUUUCUCGGAUUCAAAUGUUGGUCAUUGAUGAAGUGGAUGUUCUCAUGCAAAUGGGAUUUGAAAAUCAGAUGCAUUCUAUAUUAAAUAAAAUACCAACUUCCCGACAAACACUGUUGUUCUCGGCGACCAUUCCCCCUGUUGUGGAAAGACUUUCAUCGUGUCAUCUCACCAGUCCAGCAUUUAUAUCGGUAGGGCUGCCCAGUGCACCUAACAUGGAUGUAAAACAGGUUAUACUUUGGGUGGAAGAUAAAUCAAAGAAGAAAAGAUUGUUUUCCUUAUUGAAUGAUUCAAAGUACUUCUUUCCACCGAUAUUGGUGUUUGUCGACUCGAGAAUCGGUGCUGAUAUGUUAGCUGAAGCAAUUCAAAAGACAUGUCACGUGAGCUGUUGUUCGAUGCACGGGGAGAAAUUGCAAAGCGAGCGAACUAGAAUUUUGACAGCAUUUCUGGCUGGGGAGUAUGAUGUGUUAGUGUGUACUGGUGUCCUGGGACGAGGCUUGGAUCUACGUUGUGUGAAACAAGUCAUCAAUUUUGAUAUGCCGUCCAGUGUUGACGAAUAUAUUCAUCAGAUUGGCCGUGCUGGUAGACUGGGCUCGAAAGGUCUGGCUUUUACAUUUAUAAACAAUUCCAACAAGAGCGUAUUCCUGGAUCUUGUGGAAAUAGUAGAAGCUCAUGGCGUGAAACUGCCUGAUGAACUUUUGAAUUCUCCUCACUUAUCCUCGCAAAAAUACGAGCGAGAUCGCAAGCGCACUGGCAGGAAACGUAAACGCGAAGGAAGCUAUGUAAACAGGGAGAAUUUAAUGGACAUUCUCAAGAAGAGUACCUUUCGUAGAAGGCUAAAGGAUCGUUAAAUAUGUCAGAUGAAAAAGCAACGAAAAACGACGAAGACAAAGUCUAAUGAGUGGCAGGUUCUCGCUAAGAUGGAAUGUAAAAUAACGGCUGGCGUGUCAUAUCCUGUCGUUGGGGACACAAUGGGAUGGAAAGAUGUCUUUGAAGAUCGCCACAUUUCAUUGACUUGGGGCUAAAACAACGAGCAAAGAACAUUAUCACGAGAACUGUUGAGUCUUCGGAUAGAAAUUAAAAGUAAACGUAUGGUUGUGAAAAAA